AUGGCGAGCACCGCAGACAGAAGCCGCCUGCGGCGCGAAAGAACGUUUGUCGGGAGCGAGUGCGCCGUAUGCGAAGAACCUCUGGAGCACACCCUGCAGGGAGAGCGAAUACUUCAGUUUUCCUGCUCUCAUGUAUCCCACGAAGCCUGUUUUUACGAGUUUAUUCGCGAGUUUGACGGGCAGUACUGCCCAACUUGCGAAGCGCCACUGCAUCUUGACACCAGCCGAGGCGGCAAUGUCAUCGACAUCAGUUCGUCCUCCAAGAGAGCGAACGAUCUGGGGCUGGGUACUAACUCGGAGGCAGACAAAAUCAGUAAUAUUGUACGAACCGCAGGUAGCGAUACAAGAUCUGCUCAUACACCAACACCCACCUGGGACAACCAAACAGUGCGACCACCGAGCGUUGACAGCUCCCAGAGAAAACACCAUUCUCAGCAACCGAGCAGUACUGGGCGGGAGAGUGGGACUCGAGGCAGCCUUCGCGACAGUCGAGAGGCAACAUUAUCUGAUCGAUACAGCUCUUCCAGGCAUGCUCGAAGCGACAGCGAAGCUACCGGCGUAGCUUCAUCGGGUGGGUAUCCAGAAACGAUGCAAAGCACACCUUGGCGUCACGAUUAUGAUGUUCAGGCCAUGGAAACUACUCCCGGCAGCCCGCGUACAAUUUCUCGGAAUCCAAUUCCUUCCCCAAUUGUUACUGUUCGAUCCGAGUUUCCUACCAUCAACCGUUCUCGCCAACAGCAGACCCUCACUUGCUUGGUCACUGUUGAAGUUGCAGACAACAAAUGGCGGCCUGAUCCCGAGGACAUUGGCUCGUCUCCGCAUCAAGCACCACAAGUCACUGCCAAGAUUGAUGAAAUUGCUACACGCACUGUGACACCAGCGCCAAGCGCUCCGCGAUUCAUACCGUACGAGUCGCCAGAAGUUCUGGAGGAAAUGACAGAGAAUUUGCGAAAUCGGGUUGACAAUUGGCAUGGCUUGGACUUCGGCAGAUUUGGCCAACUGAGACUGUACGGCACGCUUCGAGUUGGCAAAGACAAGGUGUCCUGGCAAGAACUCGAAUGUUAUCUGUUUGCCGAGAUGCUCAUCUGUGUUAAGGAGAAGAAAUUGCCUCCACAAGCUAUUCCGCAGUGGGAUGAUAGUGGUACCUCUAGAAAGGCAAGUCGUUGUACUCUUAAAGGCAGCAUUCUCAUCAAGAAGCAUCUCAAUGAGGUGUCCGAAACUGGAUCCAUUGAUGAGAAUGUUCUGACCCUCAGCCUUUCCGUGGCUGAACUGCCACAAUUCCACCUACGGUUCGACAACAGAAACCAGCUCAAGCUCUGGAACCAAGCUCUCUUGGAUUUGAAUGCCGUCGAAAACUCACCCGUUCGAAGCCCUGACUUUGACCGGGGAGAGAUGUCGGAAACGGACGAGGAGGCUGAGUGGCAAAGAUCACGACCACAACGAGUCUCUUCAACCACGUCCUCCUGGGGUCCAAAAUCUGUCACCACUGCACCUACAGAGUACACCAAUUUUGCUGUCAAGACUCACCCAUAUUCUUCAAUUCAUGUUCCGAUAGAUGUGGUAGUGGUUGUACCAAUAUCUUCGUCCAUGCAAGGGGUGAAGAUCAACCUUGUUCGUGAUGCAUUGAAGUUCAUGGUCAACACGCUUGGGGAGCGAGAUCGUAUGGGGCUCGUCACUUUCGGUUCUGGCGGAGGCGGAGUGCCCAUUGUUGGUAUGACCACGAAAGCGUGGCCAGGUUGGACCAACAUCCUUUCCUCCAUCAAGCCUGUUGGCCAGAAGAGUCAUCGUGCGGACGUCGUCGAAGGCGCUAAUGUUGCAAUGGACCUGCUUAUGCAGCGCAAGCACAAUAACCCAAUUGCGACGAUUAUGCUCAUUAGCGAUGCGUCAACGGCAGAUGCUGACUCGGUUGAUUUUGUAGUGUCUCGUGCAGAGGCUGCGAAAAUAACCAUACAUUCCUUUGGAUUGGGCAUGACCCAUAAACCCGACACUAUGAUUGAAUUAUCUACGAAGACAAAGGCCUCCUACACCUACGUGAAGGACUGGAUGAUGCUACGGGAAUGUCUUGCAGGCUGCUUGGGAUCGAUGCAGGCUCUUUCUCAUCAAAAUGUCAAGCUCAAGCUCAAACUACCUGAAGGCUCGCCUGCUAAGUUUCACAAGAUCAGCGGAGCGCUGCAAAUGACAAAAAGAGCUAGCGGUCGUGACGCAGAAGCGUCCCUUGGUGACCUCAGAUUCGGCGACAAGCGCGAUAUUUUGGUCCAACUAGUCAUUAUGCCGGACAGUACGUCACAGGAGCAACUUCCACAGGACCCAUGGGACAACAUUGUGUCUGGACUGGAGGCACUGGGUGGUUCAGUCGAGAACGAUGCGGAGAGAGCAUUGUCCGUGGAAGAGGUGCCGCUGGUUCAGGCCGACUUGAGUUGGGGUGAUAUUCUCCGUGAAGGCACUCUUCAGCACAUGCCGCGACCAUCGCUUCUGGCGAUUACCAUGUUACCUCCAGCCUCGAGCCAGAAAAAAGCUUGGCAGAACUCACCUCCCAUCCCACCACAUCCGAGCAUCGUACAACGACGCAUGGAGCUUCUCACGUCGGAUAUGCUCACGAGAGCGCUGACAUUGGUGAGCCGAGGCCAGCAUGACCGCGCGCAUACUCUGUUGAGCGAAACAAGGUCCAUUCUGAAAGGUCUGGGCAAGGGUGGACUACCGCCCGUCCCGCCCCCAGGAAACAAGUCUAAUCCGUCAACGCCUCAUCCCGGUAAUGACUCGUCGCCUAUUCCAGCUGGAACCCCUGAUAGAAAGCGCAGCCCGUCUCCCACUUCUGCCACUUCAUCUGGUGGAAAUGGGUAUCCCGCAGCACAACUCGGCCGAAGCCGCUCUGCUGAUGGUCUUGGACUAGGCAGCGGCAUAGAUCCAGGUACAGUGGCUGCUUUGGAUGCUGAGCUGGAGAGCAGUCUGGAGUGGAUUAACCACCCAGCUGUGUUUGGACGCGAUAGUCGCAAAGCUGUCCUGCAGGCCAUUGGGGUUAUCAGCUCCCAGCGUGCAUUUACCUUCCGAACGCCAAUUGAAGGGCUCUGGUCUGGCCGCGUGAGUGGUAUCAAGCGCCUCGCUGACAAGAGCAGAGAGUGGCGAGAGGAGGGCGGAGGCGAAGGCGGCAUCAUGGAAGAAGCGUAG